AUGAGCGAAUUUCCAACCACAUUCCGCGCAGCUCAAGUCCUAGGCUUGACAGGCGCCGCCUGGCUCUCAGGCAACAUAUUCUCCCUAAGCCUGAUAUCCACUCCCGCCCUCCUCCAAUCCCUCCACGAAAAACAAAUGCAGAACCCGCCCAUCGCGGCCGCCACCGCCGCAGUCUUCUUCUACCUGGCCUGGUCGGUCCGUGAUGGAACGGCGUUGUCGCUGGUCGCAGCGCCGAAUAGUAGUUUCCUGUAUGCUGUUUCGGGAAUGUUGACCGUGGGGAUUGUUCCGUUUACGCUUGCGUUUAUGAUGGGGACGAAUCGGUCGCUGGAGGCGAAGGUGGGUUCUAAGGAUGAGAUUGAGGCGACGAGGACGGAGGUUGAGUCGCUUUUGGAGAGAUGGGGGUGCUGA